CCCAUAUUUUAAGCAACCGCCGAAAACGAGGAAGUUUUAUCAAAUUUGUCACUUUCUCCAUUCCGAUUUCCGACGGUCUUCUCUUCUCUAAAAAAUUGUGAUGCAGAGGCAGAGCACGUAGAAGGAAGGAAGGAGGACUCCAUGGAUUUGCAGAAGAAGCUGAGCUCGUUACUCUGUUGUGCAGCUCUCAUUUCCCUUUUCUCUUUCCCGCUUCUUAUCUCGGCAGGGGAUGUAGUUCAUGAUGAUGAUUCAGCUCCAAAGAAACCCGGCUGUGACAAUGUCUUUGCCCUGGUUAAAGUCCAAACUUUUGUGAACGGACAAGAGGGUGCUGAAUUUGUUGGUGUUGGGGCCAGAUUUGGCACUACUGUUGGGUCAGAGAAGGGAAAAGCUAAGAAGAUUCAUCUCACUCUUUCAGAUCCCCGAAAUUGCUGUACUGUACCUAAGAAUCAGUUUACAGGAGAUGUUGUUGCGGUUGAUCGCGGCAAUUGCACCUUCACUGCCAAAGCUGUUAAUGCACAGGCAGCUGGGGCUUCUGCUGUUCUUAUAAUAAAUGACGAGAACGAUCUCUACGAGAUGGUCUGUGAACCAGAUGAAACUGAUCUAGAUAUACACAUCCCUGCUGUUAUGGUCCCUAAGGAUGCUGGUUUGUUCUUGGAAAAAUUGCUAGCGGGCAAUUCUUCAGUGUCUGUUCAGCUGUACUCUCCUGAGAGGCCACUAAUUGAUUUAGCUGAAGUCUUCCUGUGGAUGAUGGCUGUUGGCACUGUUUUAUGUGCAUCCUAUUGGUCUGCGUGGAGUGCCAGAGAAUCUGCUGUUGAAGAAGAAAAGCUAUUGAGGCGUGCUGUGGAAGAAAUUCCCGAUACAAAAUCUGGUGCCAGUAGUAUUGUGGACAUUAAUACAACCUCCGCUGUGCUGUUUGUGGUCGUAGCUUCCUGCUUCUUGGUCUUGCUUUACAAGUUUAUGUCGUACUGGUUCGUUGAGCUUUUGGUGAUUCUUUUCUGCAUAGGCGGGGUUGAGGGUCUGGUAACUUGUUUGGUUGCUUUCUUGUCAAGAUGGUUCAAGAGUGCCAGUGAUUCAUACCUUAAUAUACCUGUUUUGGGAACUUUCUCAUACCUAACUUUGGCGGUUUCUCCAUUCUGCAUUGCCUUUGCUGUUGUUUGGGCUGUUUAUCGCAAUGCCCCCUUAGCCUGGAUAGGUCAAGAUGUGCUUGGCAUCACUCUAAUUGUUACCGUUCUUCAAGUUGUCCAAAUACCAAAUCUCAAGGUUGGCACUGUUCUUCUCAGUUGUGCAUUCUUGUACGACAUCUUUUGGGUGUUUGUGUCUGAGAAGCUAUUCAAUGUUAGUGUUAUGAUUGCGGUAGCUAGUGGUGGUGAUAGUGGAGAGGAUGGCAUUCCAAUGCUCUUGAAAUUACCACGCUUCUUGGACCCUUGGGGUGGUUACAGUGUCAUAGGUUUUGGUGACAUACUUCUACCUGGGUUACUCGUUGCAUUUUCACUCAGGUAUGAUUGGCUGGCACGCAAAGGUCUUCUAGCUGGAUACUUCUUGUACACGAUUGUCGCUUAUGGAUUAGGUCUUCUGGUCACAUACGUUGCACUCUACUUGAUGGAUGGCCAUGGCCAGCCAGCACUGCUCUACAUCGUCCCUUUCACCCUCGGAACUAUUUUGACACUGGCAAAGAAGAGAGGAGAGCUUCAGAUCCUUUGGGCGCAAGGACGUCCAGUAAAAACCGAGUCUCUCUACUGAUUUCUGUUCUGAACUUACAAUAUCGGUGGUAAAAUUCUAUCUUUCCUAGUGACCAAUCGAUAUGGCAAUUGGCAAGAAAGAAAGAAUCUUCCCUUUUCCCAUUUAUGUAGCUACUGUGAGAUUGAGUGUGGGAGGGAAGAACGCUCCAUUCUGCUAACACACUUUGGCAUCUGCUCUUUUUUAUGUGAUGGGGGAAUCUGGAGAUGAUAAGGUUCAUGUAUAUGUUUGCUGUGUCAACAGAUUGCAUAUUCCCCCUUGGAGUAGUGAUGCUUCAUAAGAGAAUUUUGGGGUGGGUGGACCAAGAUAAUCAUAGUGGGUUGGUCGAGUACCUAAUCAAGCACAAUAUCUUGUUCCCCAAGUUUAGCUGCUAUCAGACUCAGAGUAGCAAUUACAAGAUAGUCUUAAUGAUAAUUAAAUCCAUGAUGUGACACAUAACUACGGAAUUCAAUUGAACAAAUGGAAGAGGGGAGAGUCAAGAGUUACGGGCUACAUAUUACAUAUAUAUAACUUUCCAUUUCUAAUCCAGGAAAUAAGGAGAUAAUACUUAGAUAAUGAUAUAGGGCAGUGUGCAUAAUUCUUAGUUAUGCAUUUGGGC